AUGUCGGCGAGGAGGCGCCUCGGGGACCCUGAGUUUUUGACCAAAAGGAUCCCACAGAAUCCUAAAUACCAGCAUGUAAAAACUCGCCUUGACACAGGUAGCAGUAUGACCAAAUACGCUGAAAAACUAGAAGAGAUCAAGAGAAAUUACAGGUACAAGAAAGAUGAGCUCUUCAAGAGACUCAAAGUGACCACGUUCGCCCAGCUGGUGAUCCAGGUUGCUUCUCUGUCUGACGAAAACUCCGAAGUGCCACCUGAGGAAAAUCAGAAGCUAGACGAGGGCGACGCUCCUCCCGCAGAGAGCAGUGCUGACCCUGCGGCGGAAACCAAUGGCAAAGGCAGCCCUGGAGAGAAGCCAGCCAGCCCCAUCCUGUUCAUAAACAACACUGGAGCUGGGGAGUCCCAUCGCUCCACCUUGCAGAGCGUGAUCAGUGGCGUAGGUGAGCUGGACCUGGGGAAAGACACCCCGAAGAAAACGGAGACGCCCAUGAAGGAUGGGCCUUACCCCGACUGCCCCUUCCUGCUGCUGGACGUGCGGGAGCGGGAUGCGUACGAGCAGUGCCACAUAGUGGGCGCGUACUCCUAUCCCAUUGCCACACUAUCCAGAACCAUGAAUCCCUACACGAACAGCAUUUUGGAAUAUAAAAACGCCCACGGGAAGAUCAUCAUCCUUUACGACGACGACGAGAGAGUGGCCAGCCAGGCUGCCACCACCAUGUGUGAGAGGGGCUUCGAGAACUUGUUCAUGCUGUCUGGAGGUCUCAGGGUCGUCGCUCAGAAGGUCCCCGAAGGCCUGGUGACGGGCCCCUUCCCCGCUUCUUGCCUCUUGGCUGGCCAGCCUGGCUCUGCCCGGAGGAAAGCCACUCCCAGGCAGGCGCUCCCCCCACCCACUGAGAAUAAAUGGAGAUUUACAGCCGAAGACAUACAAAAGAUACGCUACUACCUAGAAGAGGAGCAGCACCCUUCAGACACUGGAAGCCGCCUCAGCCGUGGUUCUUCAGCGCGAGACGCCAAGGCCGCCGCCGUCCGGAGCAGCCAGAACCUGCCCAGCGCCAGCCCCGCCGUGGCCCUCUCCGCCCGCUCCCUCAGCAGCAGCAGCCUUCAGAGCAAGCCCUGGAGAUAGCCGGUGUCCCUUUCCGCUGAAUAAAGGAGCCCCCUCGUUCCUGGGGGCCUUUGCUCACUACAUCCCGUCUUUCGCUUUUAGGAAGGUGGUAUGCAGAAGACAGAGAGGGGCACAGUUCGGGGAGGAACAAGCAUGGGGCUGGCUUGAGUUAGCCGUAGACAGGUAAAUUUUGGUACAGAAAGCAGCACAAAGGUGUCCCACCCAAGACUUGUAACAGCAUUUGUGAUCCCUCCCCCCCCCACCAAGAAUGCAGAGCAGAUGGCAUUUUUCAGCUGCUGGCACCAAGGAACAUGGAAACCAGAGGCAUCAAAAUGUGCUUGGAUUCGUAAUAGAAAUCGAACAAAAAUUAGCAAAGAACCAGUAGAAGGAGUAGAGAGUGGGAUUUGUGCAGGGCGUGUGUUUUAAGAACCAAAGAAGUUUGAACUCAGUAAGUUUGUGGGACAUGAAUGAACAAUUUGAGGGUUUAGUUCCUGGCCGCCACCUGGAGUUCUCUUUUCCCAUUGAACUUGUGCACAGUGGAGACAGAGCACAGCCCUCCCCUCUCCUGCCUUUACUGGCCAGCUGCUGCUCAGCCGGGACCCUCCCAGUUAUGCUAUGAAUAGGCAAACUACUCCAUGGAGAAAGCUCUGUCCAUAAGUCUCAUUCCGAUUUCUUCCUUUGCGUUGCUGAGUUCUCAAGAUGACACCCAGCAUCACGAGGGCCUGUAUAUUCCUCCCCGCAAGGAGUGUUGAGAUUGGCGCCAGCAGGAAAAAACCAACGUCCCCCGUGUGAAAAAAUCCCAGCAUAGCUGCUUGUCCUAAUGUUUUGUCCAGAGAAUCCUCCCUUUCCCCCCUUUUUUCCUCACCACCCCCAAAUCCCCCCAAAUAAUUCUUUUUCUCUAAAUAGGACAACUGAAAUGGCCCAUCAGAUGGUGUGCUUCCUCUGUGGCCUCCGUGGGCCAACAGUUCUGUGUUGUGCCGGCCUCCUCCGGUCCCGCUUCAGCCCCACGCACCGCCGUGAACGCAGGUCUGGUCUGAAUCGCGUAGCGACCUCUGGCUUCUGCUGCCUCUCCAUGGCCCAAACGGACCACUGGGAAGGAAAGGGCCCGUGCAGCCUCCCAGCGCAGCUUCGCUUUGAAUCAGAAGUGGCUCCGCAGGCAGAAGGGGGAUGGGGUGGGGAGCUGCUGCAGAACCUUUCCCCGCCCAGCCCGCUUUUGUUUGCUUCAGACCCCCGAUCUAACAACUACCCUGCCUGUAGCAGAAAAAUUGAGGGCAGGGCAGGAGGCUGUUCGGAGAGGGUGCUUUUGUAUAGGAAAGCAGGUGGUGGGUGAAGCAGCUCCUCCUCGCCUCUCCUUCCUGCAGUCGUAGCUUCCUGCACCUGCUUUUUAAUCAAGAGAAAAAGAGAA